ACAAACUAAUUGGGAGUAAUUGUGAUUUCUUUAAUGUUCCUGCUGAAGGCUUGUCAGGUGGAAUACUCAUAUGCUGGAAUUCUAGCAUUUGCUCCUUUAGUAUCAAUCAUUUUUUCAAAUCAAUUAGUUAUUGGUCAAAUGAAAAUGCAUAGUGGAAAUGAAUGGCUUAUUGCCACAACAUAUGGAAGCAAAGAGGUUUAUAAAAGAAGACAACUAUGGGAAGACCUUCAAACAUUCACUAAUUCUUGCACUCCUUGCAUUAUUGGAGGAGAUUUCAAUUGUAUUCUUUCUCAAGAGGAAAAGAUAGGUGGGAAGAGAUUUAUUUUCUCUCAAGGACCUCAAGAUAUGCAAAGGUUUAUGAAGAGUUAUGAUUUUCAUGAUGUUGGGAUUAUUGGCCCCAAAUAUACUUGGUGCAACAACAAGAAAGGUGGAGCACGCAUACUUGAAAGACUGGACUGGUGUUUACUGAAUUCAGCAGCCUUGAAGACCUUACAACCUGCUGCAGUUCAUCAUCUUGGUAGAAUUGCAUCAGAUCAUUGCCCAAUAGUUAUUAAUAUUUGUAAUCCGGGAUUUAAGAAGUGUAGAAGACUGCAGUUUGAAGAAGUCUGGACUUCUUACCCAGUUUCCAAAGGUAUUGUGGCAAAUUCAUGGGCUAAACCAGCAGGAGGUGAUGAUGUCCAGAAGUUAAAUCUCAAAUUCAAAAGAGUUCUUAAAGCACUUUUUCAUUGGAGUAAAGCCAAACAUGCAAAUCUCAACAGUUUGAAGGAAGAAUUGAAGGUAGAAAUUUUAGUAUUGCAAGAGGAAGAAGCUAAUUCAGGAGGUCUUUCAGAAGACAAGUUCUUUUUACUAAGGUAUAAAAUUAAUGAAUUUAAUUCUACCUUAGGAAGACUAAGCUCUUGGUGGAGACAAAGAGCUAAGGUGAAAUGGUAUAAAGAGAGUGAUACCAAUUUUGAAUAUUUUAAUUCAGUGGCUUCGGCAAGACGAAACAGCAAUCAUAUUAGACAAAUAAAAAGCUCUGAUGGCAAUCUGACUGAGGAUCAAAAUUGUAUUGAAGAAAUUAUUUCAAAAUUUUUAAAGAAAAAGUGGAAAUUCAGAAGAUGUUCACUUAAUGGCUGGCCUAACUUUUCAAAAUCUAUUGAUGAAACUGACAAGGAUCGACUUGUGGCUAAUUUCUCUGAAGAAGAGCUGGAAAAUGUAAUCUCUCAUUUGGAAAGUAACAUCUCAUCAGGCAUUGACGGAGUGGGUGGAGUUAUUAGAGACUACAAAGGUAGAUUUUUAUUUGCCUUUGGUUUCAAAAGUAUUCAUUGGGAUAUCUCGGAACUUGAGUUGGAGGCUUUGAAGGCUUUAAAAAAUAUUACUCAAGAGUGGAUGUAUCAAGCUAAAGGAAUCAUUAUUGAAUGGGACAACUAUAAUGUUAUGAAGCACAUUCAAGGUAUUUUUAAGGAAGGACCAACUGUAAGUAAUAAUCUCGAGCUACUUGAUUUUCUUUUUCUUAGAAGUUUCAAUCAAGUCAUCUUUCAAUUUGUAAAUAGAACUUCUAAUAAGUUAGCCGAUUGUUGUGCUAACCAUGCUAGGUUGGGUGAUUUUUGGUGGAAUAACUUGAUUAUCAAUAACGUUCCUCCUAUGUUUUUCAAAAUAUUAAAGGAGGAAUGUGAUAAUCUUAUCUUUGUAUAGUUCUUUUUGAAGUUUAAUAAUAUUGCUUUAUGCA